CAAUAGCAUCUGUGGCCUCGUCAGGCUUCCCCGAGGUCUCGCGAAGACGCUGACAAAAGGCAGAGACGCCUAUAUAUGCUUUGGAUCGGAUAGUAAGAGGUUGAGAAGGAAGAAAUGCAGUAACGAGGAGAUUGAGCUCGUCCUGAAGGAGGGUAUUCCAUGAUUUUUCCUGAGAUUUCUUAAGGAUAGUGUCCAAGUCAACCUCAAGGUCGGUCGACAACAUGGUUAUAUGCUGUUCCCACGUGGCGGCGUUUGGUAGGAUUUGAAUCUCGAUCGGAGCGUCAAACUGUCCUCUACGAACGCUUUUCGAGAGGAAGCCGUUGAAAAACUCUCACAAUCUUCGAGUGCCUUCAGGACGUAGAAAGCGAUAUGGAUGCCGGCGAGGGGUCCUCAAAGAACGCUACAGAACCUGUUAGGACGAUACAGUCCGGAGAUACCAUUUUGCUUAGAAUUCCAAGUGGGGACGUGCGAACUUUAAAGUUGGAAAAAGGAGGAACUAUAAAUCUUGGAAAAUUCGGAUCCUUCUACUCCAACGAGCUCAUUGGCCAACCAUUUGGCUUGACAUAUGAUAUUUCCGACAAAAAGCUCGAAGUUAUUCCUCCGCGUACCUUCCAGGAAGUAGAGGAAACGGAUGCGACAAACGAAUUGAUUGUCGAUGGACAGGUUCAGCCUCUAUCACUAGAAGAAAUCGAAGCGUUGAAGAAGUCAGGUGUCCCUGCCUCGGAAAUCAUUCAGAGGCAAAUAGACCAGCAUAAGAACUUCCAGCUCAAGACCGAAUACAGCAAGGAGAAAUACAAGAAACGAAAGGAGGCAAAAUACUCGAAAUCGUUUAGUACGAUCAAACCAACGUUGUUUAAUGUCUGUGACUACUGGUUCAAGAAAGACCAGAGUAGACUGCGCGACAUCCGUCCAGAUACGCUAUCUCAAAUCCUGAACAUGGCAAAUAUUCGGCCCGGAGGAAGGUAUCUAGCGGUUGAUGAUGCAUCUGGUAUUGUCGUCGCAGGUUUGCUCGAACGUCUGGGAGGUCAAGGCCGUUUGAUCACCAUUUGCGACGUGGAGUCACCGCCAGCAUACCCUGUGCUCACCCAAAUGAACUUCAGCAAAGAGGUCAUUUCGAUCAUGUCGUCUCUAAAUUGGGCCACGGCAGAUGAAGAAUACACCCCAGUAUUAACAAUGGCAGAUGCUAAUGCUGACACUCCAAAAUCGGAAUCGCAACGAUCUCGCGUGAACAAGCGAAAGAGCAUGGCUAGCGCUCUGACACAAACGAGGGAAGAACUCUUUGCUGGGGAAUUCGAUGGCCUGAUUGUUGCAAGUCAAUACGACCCAUUCUCGAUACUUGAGAAGCUAAUGCCAUACCUCGCUGGAUCCGCGUCGAUAGUAGUACAUAGUCCCUACGUUCAAAUUGUUUCGGACUUGCAAGCAAAACUGAGAGAUAUCCCCACAUAUCUCGCACCAGCGAUAUCUGAAGCCUGGCUACGGCAGUAUCAGAUUCUGCCUGGUCGCACUCACCCUCUUAUGAACGCCUCAGGCUCAGGAGGAUUCAUUCUGCAUACCAUCAAGGUUUACGAUGAUCCAUCAGCGUCCUCGGUUAACACACACCGACGUGCAAAGAAGGCUCGUUCAGAGCAGCUAGUGUCGCGACUAUCUAGUACAGCUCCUGAACAGACGCCUGGGCAACGUGAGCCAGCAAUAGAUAUUGCAGCGCAAUCGGCAGCCAUUCAGAUGGAGGUUGAUCCAAGUAAUACCCCCAGCUAAGGCUCAGCAUUCAUGUAGUAGUAUCUUUGGUGUCCUGGUGCAGCAAAACUUGCUGAAAUGCAUUGCUCCGGUCAUAAAUGUAGUAUCGUGGGGUAAGUUAAAUAGUAGAAUGAUGAAGUACUGGUAAGGGG